GUAAAUAUUGAAGUGAAUAGAAGCGUGAGAACACGUCCAGCAGCCCGAAAUAUUUAGAUCUACCCACGUCUAGAUCUAGAUAAGUCUUCGUAAAUAAAUCUAAUCUUCUAGAUCUAAGUCACUAGAUCUACCUUAAUAAAUUCUCAUAACAAUGGGAAAAGAUAAAAGAACCAAGAAGUUUGCUCAAGUUAAAAGACUUUUAAGUUUAAAGGAUACAAGGCUAAAAGCAAAGGAUCGCAUCAAGAAAAAAAAGAAAAAGCCAGAUCCACAAAAUCUUUCACAAAGAGAAUUGCCCCAGGCGUCCUCAGCAAUGUAUUUCAAUUACAACACUCAGCUAGGUCCACCAUUUCACAUCAUCCUUGACACAAAUUUCAUCAACUUCUCAAUUAAGAACAAAUUAGAUGUUGUCACCAGCAUGAUGGACUGUCUAUACGCUAAAUGUAUUCCAUACAUAACAGAUUGUGUUAUGGCUGAGUUAGAGAAGUUGGGCAGAAAAUACAGAAUUGCAUUAAAGAUUGCCAAAGACCCAAGAUUUCAUCGUUUGACUUGCAUCCAUAAAGGAACUUAUGCUGAUGACUGCAUAGUUAGGAGAGUCACUGAGAGUAAAUGCUACAUUGUAGCUACCAAUGAUAAAGAUUUAAAGAAGAGAAUCCGAAAAAUUCCAGGUGUUCCAAUCAUGUACAUCACACAACACAGAUAUUCUAUAGAGAGACUGCCUGAUGCUUAUGGUGCACCCAAGAUGUAGUUGUGUGGCUCAUGUUGUUGUAAAUAGUCAGAUAAUAAAAUUUACAAAUUAUU